AUGAUCUCCAGUGAUUCAAAAAACCAUCCACUGGAUCUCAGUGUAUGGAGAUCAAAACCGAAGGAGCCUGAUGUUGCAGAAUCACACAAGAACGCGAUCAGAGGCAACGUCGGCCACUCCUCUGACCCCUGCAAUGACACGCCAGCCAAGAUCAGCAUGCGCAAGAGAAGCGCCGCUGAUGAGGGACAUAUUGUCCCAAAAAGGUGGAGGUGUUGGAACUUCACCGACUCAUUCAGGCAGAGUGACGAGCCAGCUGAGGGUGGCAAACGAAAGGCCAACAUCAACACCUCUGACCCAAGCACAGUUAAGGCCAUCAACUGCCAGCUGGGGUCCAGAAAGAGGAAGGCCAACAGUGACAGUGGCGUAUCGGUGAAGAGGGAGAGGCACACCGACAGCCUCACUGAGCCCAGUGCCACAGAGUCUAGCCUUAAUGAGUCUAGCUCUGUUAAGUCCAGCUCAUUUGAGUUCAGCCCAUUUGAGUUCAGCUCCUCUGAGUUCACCACUAAAAUCUACGUGAAAGCUGACUGCACUGGAGUAGAAAUCAGCAAGGAGGAGGAGAAGCUCUGUCAGCUGGCCUCCUGCGGAAACACCAGCAGAGAGGACUUCAAGAGGAAAUACAAACAGCUUGGUCAGAUCGGCAAAGGAGGCUUCGGCUCUGUUUUUGCAGGCUUCCGUAGAGCCGACUCUUUACCAGUGGCCAUCAAGCAUAUAUCCUAUGGGUCCAUUCGGCGUGAGCGGGUGAAGUGCAAUGGGAACGUUUAUAACAUUAUAGUGGAGGUGGCCCUCAUGCUGAAAACAGCCGGACUACCAGGAUCAGUCACACAAUCCGCUGCAGUGUCCCUCUUGGACUGGUAUGUCCUAGGCAGUGAGGUAAUCCUCAUAAUGGAGAAACCAGACCAUUCCCAGGACCUGAACAGCUACCUUCAGACCCGCAGAGGCUCCCUGAGUGAAGAAGAGGCAAAGGUGAUCCUUAAGCAACUCGUCGAUGCAGCCAUUGAGAUACACUCUAAUGGUGUCUUUCAUCGCGACAUAAAGCCACACAAUGUCCUGAUUCAAGACAAUUUCGAUGGCAAAGAACCCAGGAUGCGUGUCAUCGACUUCGGCUGCGGCGCCCUCUCCUGGGACGGGCCCUUCUCCACCUUCAGUGGUACCAUGGACUUUGCCCCUCCAGAGUACUUCGAAAAAGGGACCUACUGGGCUCAGUCCACCACUGUCUGGCAGCUGGGCGCCAUUUUCUAUGAAAUGCUGAGUGGACACAAAUAUUUCACCACCAUAAACUACAUUACUGGGCAAAUCAAAGUCAACGGGGCACUGUCAGCAGAUGUCAAAAUGUUGCUGAACAGGUGUCUGGCCAGAAACCCCGCAGGGCGUGCCACGCUAGAGGAUAUGCAGCGCUUCCUCGCCUAG